ACCGAAAUUCAAAAGCGGGCAUGGCGGAAUCUUCUGGAAGGGGGCUAAGAUGGGACUCAGGAGGCGGGGGUCAGUGUGAAAAGAGCAGAUGGAUUAUUUUUUUCUCGCUUGGCGAAUGAAGAGCGCCCCCCGCCACCCCUCCUCUUGGACAGCCCCCCCCCCCGAGUGCGCAUGCGCAGUUAGGUGGCGGGAGGGUACUUAAGGCACGGCCGCGGCCGCUGCGGCAGUACGCCCAACAGCGGACUCCGAGAGACCAGAAGAUCUCGGCGAACCCUUGCUCUCUCGACUACCUUCCAGGGACUCUCGGAACCAUGGCGGCAGUGGCAGCGGCCUCGGCUGAACUGCUCAUCAUCGGUUGGUACAUCUUCCGCGUGCUGCUGCAGGUGUUCCUGGAAUGCUGCAUUUACUGGGUAGGAUUCGCUUUUCGAAAUCCUCCAGGGACACAGCCCAUUGCGAGAAGUGAGGUGUUCAGGUACUCCCUGCAGAAGCUGGCGUACACGGUGUCCCGGACCGGGCGGCAGGUGCUGGGGGAGCGCCGGCAGCGAGCCCCCAACUGAGGCCGCAGCUCCCAGCCCUGGGCGGCCGUAUCAUCAGGUGCUCCUGUGCAGCUCAACCAGCAUGGGAGCCAGCGCCGCGCAGGAAUGGGGGGUCCCCUGUGCUCCCUCGCCAGAGGAGCACUUGCCAAGGUCAGUGAGGGGCUGGUAGGCCCCCGGAGAAGCAGCACCGACAAUUUCGACAAUACUAGAUCCCUUCCCAACCCCUUUGCACCUGCCCCUCUGCAGGUGGGGUGGGGAUUGAGAGGGGUGGGGGGAGCAGACCCCCGAGAUCUGGGUGUAGGCAUCACAUUCUGAUCUGGACCAAGUCGGGACAGCACUAUCCAAGCCCCGGAGCUGCAGCCAUGCCAACAGGCCCCACCAAGGAGAUCCAAACACCACACCAGCCAGCAAAAUGGACAUUCCAACAGCACCAGCUGAAGCCCUGAAUCUCAAUGCAGCAGAGGAGGCGCCAACUGUGUUGCGAGUGGCGGGACUGGAGGGCAUGGGCAGCGAAGGAGGGGGGUUAAGAAACAGAGUGGGGCCCUCUCACCGUCCCUUGCCUACAGUGUGCGCGCCAGCAUUCCAGCCCUGCUGCCUCUGCUCCCUUCAUUCCUCUUUUCUCCUCGCUGACUCCCAAGCCCAUCCUAUCCCCACAAAAUGUGUCACUUAAUUUGGACUUAUACAACCAAUAAAAGAAUCCCAUCUUUGUACAAAACGUCUUCUCCGAGCCCCCUGCCCCUCACUGAUCUUGCUUUCCCAGGUCUCACGCAGUUGUGGUCAAUAUUGUGGUAAUCGCUAAUUGUACUGAUUGUUUAAGUGUGCGUUAGUUGUGUCUCCCCAGCUAGAUUGUAAGCUCCUGGAGGACAGGGACCGCCUCUACAAAAAAUAAAAAAAACAGUACCUCCCCCGACUCGCACAGUGUCCUAGGACCCUGCGGGUUGGUGGAGGCGCACCAAAA